CCUCAUUUCCCCCGAAAUACCCUUAGCAAGACCCUUUUUAGCGAGUUUUCAACUAAGUUAACCUUCAGAGCCACUCGCUAUUAAUAGGCAUUCAAUUUCUAGCCCCUUACCCACACUCACCCUGGCUAUUGAUAGACAGGAUGGAUUGGCCUAUGGAAGACUCGGCUUGGUCUAACAUCGACUUAGAGACAUUUGGUUUCGAAUCACGCCCUACCAUAGUCCUCCGAAAUUCGGAAUCGCAUACAACGUUGACACGGGAUCUACUUCAGAAUAAGAACGAUUGGGAGAUUUGGUUCGAUGCUGCUCUGAACCCCACUCCCGAACCGAACGAGUUUCGUGCCGUACUUUGCAGUAGGGCUUCGCCUAUUUUUGAGGGGGAAGAUGCUCCAGUUUCGUACGUCUCAGUCUCGAGAGACACGUGGGAGAGGCUUACAAGAUUCUUCCAUAUCCAUCGGGCUGUCACGCGGUCGAUAGCUAGACAGGUCGCUUGUAUUUCUUCGUUCUACGAGGAGGGAAAAGGAGCAAGUGCGAAGAUAUGCUUUACUGCACGAAUGUCGAAGUAUCUCCCUGGAGACCUGGCAUUGUCUGUCACCUAUAUCCCGAGCACCGAAUCCAUAUAUGCUGUUAUGUAUGGUUGCAAUAAUAAUCAGAUGCAAGAAAUCGAAACUCGUAUUCGAUCAGCUGGUGACAGAACUAAAUAUCCAUUAUUAAUGAUCGGAAUCUUCGUCGAACUAGAGAGAGAAAGACUAGUAUCUAUGGCAGAUCAGCUUCUGGACGGGUUCACCUUGCGAUCAGAGAAUCUGGAAAAUGGAUCCUGGGACCCGUCUAUAGAUAUGAGUAAGGAGAAGACACAAGAAUACCUGGCGCUUUGUCUUCAAAGUCGAAGCCUUAUAGACCACAUGAAGGCCGUAAAACGGCAAGUGGUAAAGCUUCUGGCCGAGAUCGAAGAGUUUGAAGGUCAUUUUCCCUCUCAUAGACAUAGUGAGCGUUCUCAUGAUGGUAAGAGAGCACAUCGGUUCAAGAAAAUCGGAGCUCAGAUGAAGAAGAGACUACAAGAUACCAUCAAUGAGUAUGAUGGUAAAAUAGACGAAUGUAAUAUGAUCGUAGGAAAUAUUACUCUAGCUAUGCAGACGGUUUGGAAUCAAAUUGCGAUGCACGAUUCGGACCUCAAUACUCGCAUUGCUCACGUAAACACAGGGGUCGCCCUCGAAACAAAACGGGAAGGCAUCCAAAUGAGGUCGAUUGCUAUAUUAUCAAUGAUUUACUUGCCCUUUUCCAGCGUCGCGAGUAUAUUCUCGAUGGAUAUGUUUGACUGGAAUGCCCAAGAUGGGGGCUCUGUUGUGUCCAAGUACAUCUGGCUGUUUGCCACACUCGCGAUCGGGCUCACUGCGAUCACGGUCUACGCCUGGUAUCACAUUACUAUCCAGCGUGAGAGAAAGGCGGACGAAGAAGCUUCGGAAAUCCAAGUAAAAAUGGAAAAGAUGGUUUAAGAUAACUUCAUCAUAUAGUAAUGAGGUUGCUAUUCCAAAUCAUCAUGCCAACCUCCUAAUUUCAACCGCAACAGAUAUACCUUUUUGCUACACGAAGGAUAGAAAUCACGCAACCCAUGUUCCAGGUGCCUCUAACAUUAUUAUCAAUUCGACA